AUGGCCAGCAACGAGCCUCUGCUCCAGAAGCCUGCUGCUUCAAAGCGCGCGAAGCUCUCCGUGCUGUACGGCGCAGACGAGUACCUUGAGGAGCUAAAGCGGAAGUACGAGGUCGACCACGAGAUUGCCAGCUUGAAAGCCAUAAUGCCGGAUCAGGGUGACCCUAACGCUGGGAAGGCCAAGGGGGGCGAAGGCAAGAUGCUCACGAUCGAGAAAGACGACGCCAAUAGGAGCAAGAAGACUGGCCGCCUGUUCCCGACUCCGAACAAGCCAGAUCCGAUGCCACCUGAGCUCGCGUUCCUGUUCACGAAGAUCACGCCAGAGCAGAUGAUGUACAUGUGGAACAUACUGACGCUCAUUUUCGUGUCCCAGUGUGCGAUGGUAGUGGCCUACUGCGCCGCUCUGGCCUGCUUUCCAGACUACUGGUGGACGUGCACGGUUACCUUUGGCGUCCCCUUCGCAUACAUCGCCAUCCAGAACAUAUACAUUGAUCACGAUGUAAUGCACGGGGCCACGUUCCCCCCUCAUGACUGGCAAGAGUACAUCACGCAUCCCUUCAGUGAUUUCUUCUCACUGCCCUGGAAGGAAUUCGUGCUCGAGCACAACCGUCACCACGCGAGCACUGUAGACCUCCUGCAGCAGGGCGAGUUCGGGUGGGAUCCCGAGGAGUUUCAGUACUGGCUGCUUGAGUGGACAUGGAGGCACGGGAAGUACCCCUUCCCUAUCCAUCCCUUCGGGCUUCUGCUCACUGGCGCGCUGCUGCCGCUCGUUCACUUCUUCGGCCUGAACGAUACCGGAGCCCUCUUCGCGCUGGAGUGGUACCUGCACUUCCCCGACGAGGGUGCGGGAGGCAAGUGCAACAAGGAGUUCUGGAAGAAGUGGCUGCCGCGCCGCGCGUCCCACUCGCUCUUCGUCGCCAGCCUGUGGGCCUGCGUCUGGCUCCUGGGCACUUGGCCGCUCGGCCGUCCGCUCGGCGAGGGGUGGCGCUUCAUGCUCACCGUGUCCUUCUGCGCACGCUGCGGCUUUUCAGCCGCGUGGAUGUUCAUCACCAACUUCACCCACUCGCACCCGUGGAACCACUUCCUGGCGAGGGACCCCGAGAGGACCUGGCCCGUGCUCCACGACGUCAUGGCUUUUGUGCUGGGCGGCAAGCACCGCUGGAACGAGAUGCUCUUCCACGACCUCCAUCACGCGUUCCCUAAUGCGGUGGGCACGCUGAGCCAGCGCGGCCGCUUCCACGGGUGGCAGAAGGUCCACGAUGCCGCCGUGGAGGUGCUGGCCCGUGGUCUGUGGAAGGCCAACGGCGACGCGGAGACGGAGAUGCAGAAGACGCAGCGCAAGCGAUCCCUGCUGAUGAAGAACAACAGGAAGUGA